AGAGAGAACACCAUCGGCCGCCAACCGCGGUCGCAGCCCAGCUCGGCGUGCUUCGGCGCAGCCGCAGGCAGUGCAGAGGACGGACGGUGGCCGAGGACGGCAGGGCCUCAAGCUGGCGCCGAGCGUAGCGAGGGGGAUGGAGCUGGUGGCGGGCUGCUACGAGCAGGUUCUUUUCGGAUUCACGACGCGACCCACCGAGCCCUGGACAGUUGUGCCUGAUUUCACACAUCACGCCCAUUCCGCCUCGUUGUCAGCAGUAGCAGUGAAUAACAGAUAUGUGGUCACGGGGAGCAGAGAUGAGACAAUCCAAAUCUAUGACAUGAAAAAGAAGGUAGAACAUGGGGCAUUGCUGCAGCACAAUGGCACAAUAACUUGUUUGGAGUUCUAUGGUACUGCACAUCUACUGAGUGGGGCUGAAGAUGGACUGAUUUGUAUCUGGAAUACAAAGAGAUGGGAGUGCCUGAAAUCCAUUAAGGCACAUAAGGGGCAUGUGACAUCUCUUUCUAUUCAUCCUUCUGGUAAAUUAGCUUUGUCAGUAGGAACAGAUAAAACACUAAGAACUUGGAAUCUUGUAGAAGGACGGUCAGCCUUUAUCAAAAAUCUGAAGCAAAAUGCCCACAUAAUUAAAUGGUCCCCUGAUGGAGAGAGGUAUGUGACUGUAAUAACAAAUAAAGUGGAUAUCUACAAACUUGACACAGCUUCAAUCACUGGCACUAUCACAACAGAGAAGAGGAUUUCUUCACUUAGAUUUAUUACAGAUUCUAUCAUUGCCAUAGCUGGAGACGAUGAAAUUGUAAGGUUCUACAGCUGUGACUCUCAAAAAUGCCUGUGUGAAUUCAAAGCUCAUGAAAACAGAGUAAAAGACAUCUAUAGUUUUGAAAGAGAAGGAAAACACAUUAUUGUUACUGCAUCCAGUGAUGGUUACAUUAAAAUGUGGAAUCUGGAUCUCAAUAAGAUUGAAGAUGAGCCAUCUUUAUUGUGUGAAGUCAAUACCAAAGCGAGGCUGACAUGUCUUGCAGUAUGGCUUGACCCAGCUUCAGAAGUGAAAGAAAAUUCCAAUAGAGAUGUGACAUCAUCAUCUCAAGCAAAUGAAGAUGAAAUAUCAUUAAUAGUUGGGAAAAACAAAGUUUCUUGGGCUGAUAAAAGUGAUAAAACAGCAAAAAGAAAAAUAACUUCAGAGAAACCAAAAUCGGAAGUUCCACUGCAAAAGAAGAAAAAGAAACGGAAUAGCUCACCAUGA